UGAAAAAGAAAACAUUUUUAAAUUUGACUUCCCCAUUUGCAUCUCUAGUACUGUUGAGCUCUCUGUUGCCUAUUUUCCAUGGCCUCAUCAUCUUCGACCUCUGGCCGACUCCAUGAUAUCUACUUUAGUGUUCAACGCGAAGACCCCCACAAGUUCAUUACAGACAUGGUGGAUAAAUCUUUGGCCGUGCGUGGAGUCCCCACCUUCAAAGACACCAAGCAACUCGGAAGAAAGCAAAGAGGAACAGAUCUUGGAAAAGAUGUGAAAGAAGCUAUUAGGAUGUCGAAAAUCUCAAUCGUUUUGUUCUCUAAAGAAUACGUCUCUUCCAGUUGGUGCCUUGAAGAGCUUGUACUGAUGUUAGAGUGCAGGAAGAGGUGGGGGAUGAUAGUGUUGCCCAUUUUCUACGACAUCGAUCCCUCUGAUAUUCGAAAACAAAGGGGAUACGCUGCUAAGGUUGCCGGCAUUCAAAGGGUUGGAAGCUUCUGGCGGAGAAGGUGGGUGGAUGCUCUUACGCAAGCCGCCAAUUUAUCUGGCUGGGAUCAUCGCGUUAGCCCCAGGAUUGAAUCUCUGCUGGUGGGCACAGUUGUUACAGCUAUUAUAGACAAACGAAUUCCGACAAAUCUGAACAUUUCCAUCUAUCCCCUCAGAUAUGACACAUGCCAUGAGUACCUAAGUCUUUUCUUGCAAAUUGGGUCGGAAGAUGUGCUCAUAGUAGGGAUAUGUGGACCAAGCAGAAUGGGAAAGACAGCAAUUGCAAAAGCUAUUUAUAAUCAAAUCUUUUUUACUUUUGAAGGCAGCAGCUUCCUCGCAGGUGUCGGACAAAAUUCAAAGCAGCCCAAUGGUCUAGUUCAUCUACAAGAAAAACUUCUGUCUGAUAUUCUAUCAGAAAGAUAUAUAGCAGUAACAAAUAUUACCAGAGGAAUGGACAUGAUUAAAGAAAAAUUAUGCUUUAAACGGGUUUUAAUUGUUCUUGACGAUGUAGAUGAUUUAGACCAACUGUAUUCCCUAGUUGGAAACCGUAGUUGGUUUGGAUUAGGAAGUAAAAUCAUCAUAACAACUAAGAAGGUGCAUCUGCUAAAUGAUCUUGGAGUGGAUCAGAUAUUUUUGGCUCAAGGGCGUCCUCUACCACAAAAUAUAGAGGACAUUUGGGAGCCAUUCCAGCAAAGCUGUCGCAUGGUUGCAGGGCUCAAAGAGUAUAUACAGGCCUUCUCUAUCUUGAGUAAUCAGAGAAUAAGGUAUCUUCAAAAUUGUUUACACAUGGAGCGUCAGAAGAAUGCUAUUCAGGAGGAACAAGUCAUACAUGAUGAUGAUGCAGAGAAAUGAUUGAUCAAUGGAAAUGAUGGCAUUGGACAUAAGGAUUGACGAGACGGGCAUGGGCUAAAUGGAGCCUAGAAAUUAGAAAGCUAGGGUUCUUUAUGCAAUCAGCUUGCCAGAAAUGGGCCCUAUAAGAACUGAUGAACAAUUAAAAUUGGGAUUGUGAUGGACUCCACUGAAUUUAGUGGAUCAGUUUGUCUUUCAUUUAUAAGCAUUAAUUUACACUUUGUAUUUACAAGUUGAAAAUAAGCGUACAUCCCGAGAUUUUCGAAUA